GAGACAUCAAGUUUAGCUGUCAGAAAACGGUGAAGUGUCAGAUCUUUGUCGUAAGUUACUCACGUCGCCGCACUUAUAGAAACAUUACUGUUGCGUGUGGCUGGAAGAAGCCAACAUGGACCAUAUUCAGAAAGGAUGGUUUACAGAAACGUGCACGUUAUGGCCCGGGCAAGCGAUGAGCCUCCAAGUCGAAGAGGUCCUGUACCAUAAGAAAUCCAAAUUUCAAGAUGUUAUGGUUUUUAAGAGGUGAGUAAAUUUAGCAUAACUGUGCUAAUGUUGCUAACCACCAGUUUCUGACGAUACUGUAAAUGAAUGAACGACCCGAAGCUCGUGAGAUCAUGCCAAGUUUAUCCAGCUGGUUGCGAUUAGUGCUUCUUUUACUGAAGUUUGAGCUCACUGUAAAACUAAGAUGGUAGGUAAUAAAUAUCUGAGAGUUAGCCAGGCUCACGCUGUGAUGAUGGCGUUAACUUCGAGUUAAAUGAGUAACAUCGACGCCAGUGACAGGUUAACCAAAAUCACGCUAACGUAAACAACGUGUGGAAGUUUAUUAUAAGCUUAGUAAAAAAGCUGGUCCAGUAUGUGCCUAUCAAACUCUCUCUGAAAUCUCACCCUCAGUAAAACCUAUGGAAAUGUCCUGGUGUUGGAUGGAGUGAUCCAAUGCACAGAACGAGACGAGUUUGCAUAUCAAGAGAUGAUUGCCAACCUUCCUCUGUGCAGCCACCCCUGCCCCAAGAAGGUAUCACUCCCUUUCAUCGAGGGCUUGGUCCUGUAUCUGCAGUAUAGCAACAUAAUGAAUGACUCGUAUCCUGUCUUGACAGUCAGCAUGCUUCCCUAUCUACAGGUUCUGGUUAUUGGUGGAGGAGAUGGCGGUGUCCUGAGGGAAGUGGUGAAGAAUCCCCUGGUGGAAUCAGUUGUUCUGUGUGAAAUAGAUGAGGUGCCAGUAUGAGGGUGUAGCCUUCUCUGGGAGAGCUAAACCACUCUUUCUUUUUUUUUCUCUCAGUGCUCCAUACUGUAUUCAAGUAAUGUUUUGCCAUAUUAAUAUUGUUUUUGUGUAGGAUGUCAUCAAUGUAUCAAAGAAGUACCUCCCUGGAAUGGCUAAAGGCUUUUUCAGUCCCAAGCUCACCCUCCAUGUAGGAGACGGCUUUGAAUUCAUGAAGCAGAACCAGGAUGCCUUUGACGUCAUUAUUACCGAUUCAUCAGACCCUGUUGGUGAGUAUAAUUCUUAAAACAUCAUAUUUAUUGACAUACAGUGAUAAAAUAUGGCCCUAUUAUGAGUUUAUUUUCUGUGCAGGACCUGCUGAGAGUUUGUUCAAGGAGUCUUACUAUCAACUGAUGAAGGCAGCAUUGAGGAGCGAUGGAAUUCUUUGUUCCCAGGGUAAUUUCUUUUGACGUACAAGUUUUGUGUUGACAGUUGGAAAAAAACACACUUCCUAAAUAUAUCCCAAAACUUUGUAAUGUGUUUCCUCUAACUCCUCUCGAUGGAGCAGAGGUGUUCUAGUUUAUACAGUCUGACUUCAAACUUCCUGAAGGUUGAACAGAAAAAGGCAGAUUGUAAAUUACUGUGUGCCCUCUCUUCCGCUCUUGUGUAAAUUUAACAGGAGAGUGUCAGUGGCUCCAUUUGGAGCUGAUAAAGGAGAUGCGAACCUUCUGCAAGACCCUAUUCCCCGUGGUGGACUAUGCCUACGGUACCAUCCCAACUUAUCCCAGUGGCCAAAUUGGAUUCAUGCUGUGCAGUAAAAAUCCUGUAAGUGUUUCUGUCAUUCACUGUUUGCCAUCCACCACACAACUGGUUGUUGUUCAAUUGUCUCUGGCAUACAAAACCAUUCUGUAGAGCUGUGACUUGUCUACUGUUUCAAGAACUAAGGAAUUCUGUCAAACGACUGAUGAACCUCUCCGGUCUUUGAAUUAGGAAACAAAUUUCAGGGAACCGGUGAAAGCCUUGUCAAAAGAAGAAAUGGAAAAUAUGAGUCUUAAAUAUUACAACCCUGAAAUUCACAAAGCUUCGUUUGUCCUCCCCGAGUUCGCAAGAAAGGUAAAUGUUUAAACAAUCCUUCAUAUUCAAAAGAAUGUAAUAAGUAUUUAGAAGCUGUAAACAAAAACUAUUUAUUUUAACGCUGCAUGUUUUUGUCCUGUGACAGGUACUGAAUGACGCAUGACCAGCAAAAUCAGACCAAGACAUUCAUCCUCUACCUGGUCCUCAAACCACAGAUAAACAACCUUGCUAGCUUAGCCUCAACAGGUUCAGUACCACUGAAGAGAGAAGCCACGAAAAGAUUUUGUGAUGGGGGUUUGCUGACACACACUGAGAAAGUGUUAGUUCACUUGGAUGUUUCUUUUUCAGUCUUACACUUUCUAGGUGUUAAUUUAUUCACAGGAUGUAUUUGGUUUGUCAUUUUUACUCUGUAAUUGUCUUAUCAGCAUUUUGUGAAAAGCAGUAGAAUGGGCUGGGCUGAGUGGGGAGAGUAUUGGCAUCAAACCUGACCUCACAUUGAAACUGUGUACUGUUUAUGGAUUCACUGCAUCCACAUAUUAUGCAAUAUAUUACAUACCAUAUAGAGUAUGUGUAAUCUAUUGCUGUACUUGUAUUUGUUAUGUAUAGUAUCAAUCUGUACUCAUAGGAAAACACAGACGCCAUCUGUCAUGACUGUAUUUCUGGAAUAAUAAUGAUGUGUUCUCAACACGUGAACCCUAUAGUGCCUCAAAUUCAUUGUUCCUUGUUAAAAAAGAAACACUGCUCUGCAUCUAUCGUGCUGUACCAGGCAGAUAGAGUCCCAGACAAAAGCUGAACUGCUCCAGGUAGUUAAUAAAUAUGAAAUAAGUUCAAAUGAUUUAAGUGAGUCUCAUCUUUGAUUUCAAAUAGAAGAAUUAACAUAACGGUGUAGAGUGAAAUUAAUGAUGGCAUUGGAGCUGAGCAAUGCAAGGAAAGUAUUUAAAAUGUGAGUUCAUUAUGCAAUCAUAUUUUGCAGUAUUGGAUAUUUAUGACCAAUAGUGAGCUUGUACUAUGGUUAGCCGGUAUGCUGGGUCAUUACAUCGUCUUAACACAUUUAGUUACCUCUUGGUUGUUAGUCCACAUUGAAUGUUUGUUGAGAUGGUUUCACAAACCUAAACAAUUGCUUUCAUUUUUAUAUAAACUAAUAAAUUGGUAAAACACACUGGUUAAUUUGAGAUUUGUGUCUGAUCAGUCACCUACUGAUUUUGCUCCUUUAUUUGUACGUAAUAAUGAAUUAAAACAACAGAUUUUAAGUUAUGUACUGUAUCUAAAGCUUCUGCAAGGAACUUUGUACUUUUGGCACUCCUGUAGAAAAUGUGGUACCACGUCUCUUUGCUGUGUUGUAGAUCUUGUUUGAAUUUUAUUUUAAUAGACAAAUAUAAAGCUCAUGCAGAAUCUUUUCCAUGAAUAAUGUAAACAAAAAGAAGUUAAACAAAAGGCUCUUGAGGCCCGAGUCUUUCACCAACCCCCGUCAGCUGUUUCAGAUGUUCAAAAUAACUAUAUAAACUAGGUCAACUUCAUGCUGAUUACCUUGUUUGCCUUUGUAAACCAUAAAGAGGCAUUUAUAUAAA